AUGGGAGCCAUAGGACUCCUAUGGCUGCUGCCGCCUCUGUUUUCAGCAGCAGCCUUGGGCCCCGGGACCGAGACCGGCACCGGCCAGCGCGUGGGCUCACCCGCAGCGGGGCCGGCGCUGCAGCCCCGAGAACCGCUUAGCUACUCGCGUCUGCAGAGGAAGAGCCUGGCCGUGGACUUUGUGGUGCCCUCGCUCUUCCGCGUCUAUGCCCGGGAGCUGCUGCUGCCGCCGCCUUCCCCCUCGCAGCCAAGGGAUGGCCGACCGGAGGCGCGCGGCUCGCUGGCUCUAGAUUGCGCCCCAUUGCUUAGGCUGGUGGGGCCACCACCCGGAGUUUCCUGGACAGCGGGCACCACCAGCUCCCCAGCCCCGGCGCAGACGCUGUCCAGGGUGCUGAAGGGAGGCUCCGUUCGCAAGCUCCGACGCGCCAAGCAGCUGGUGCUGGAGUUGGGAGAGGAGGCUAUCCUCGAGGGCUGCGUCGGGCCCCCAGGGGAGGCGACUGCAGGGCUGCUCCAGUUCAACCUUAGUGAGCUGUUCAGCUGGUGGAUUCGCCACGGCGAGGGUCGGCUGAGGAUCCGCCUGAUGCCUGAGAAGAAGGCGUCGGAAGUAGGCAGAGAGGGAAAGCUGUCAGCAGCGAUCCGUGCCUCCCAGCCCCGCCUUUUCUUCCAGAUCUUUGGGACCUGGGGUCACAGCUCCUUAGAAUCACCGACAAAUCUGCCUUCUCUUCCUCCUGAUUCUUUUGCAUGGAAUUUGACCUGGAUAAUGAAAGAUUCCUUCCCUUUCCUGUCUCAUCGCAGCCGAUAUGGUCUGGAGUGCAGCUUCGACUUCCCCUGUGAACUGGAGUACUCCCCUCCGCUGCACGACCUCGGGAACCAGAGCUGGUCCUGGCGCCGCGUCCCCUCCGAGGAGGCCUCCCAGCUGGACCUGUUGGAUGGGCCCGAGGCAGAGCAUUCCAAGGAGAUGCCCAGAGGUGCAUUCCUCCUCCUGAACACCUCGGCAAACUCCAAGCACACCAUCCUGAGCCCAUGGAUGAGGAGCAGCAGCGAGCACUGCAGGCUGGCCGUGUCUGUGCACAGGCACCUGCAGCCUUCUGGGCGGUACGUCGCCCAGCUGCUGCCCCACAACGAGGCUGGAAGAGAGAUCCUCCUGGUACCCACUCCCGGGAAGCAUGGCUGGACAGUGCUGCAGGGAAGAAUUGGGCGCCCAGAGAACCCGUUCCGAGUGGCCCUGGAGUACAUCUCAAGUGGAAACCGAAGCCUGUCUGCAGUGGACUUCUUUGCCCUGAAGAACUGCAGUGAAGGAACAUCCCCGGGCUCCAAGAUGGCCUUGCAGAGUUCCUUCACUUGCUGGAAUGGGACAGUCCUCCAGCUCGGGCAGGCCUGCGACUUCCACCGGGACUGCGCCCAGGGAGAAGACGAGGGCCAGCUGUGCAGUAAACUCCCGGCUGGUUUUUACUGCAGUUUUGAGGAUGGCUUCUGUGGCUGGUCCCAAGGCACACUCUCCUCCCACAAGCCCCAGUGGCAGGUCAAGACCCUAAAGGAGGCCCGGUUCCAGGACCACCACGACCACGCCCUAUUGCUCAACACCACUGAAGUCCCCACUUCGGAAAGUGCCGCAGUGACCAGCACUACAUUUCCCGCACCGAUGAAGAACUCCCCAUGCGAGCUCCGAAUGGCCUGGCUCAUCCGUGGGGUCUUGCGGGGAAAUGUCUCCUUGGUGCUGGUGGAGAACAAAACCGGGAAGGAACAAAGCAGGGUGGUCUGGCAUGUUGCCACUAACGAGGGCUUGAGCCUGUGGCAGUGGACGGUGCUGCCUCUCCUCGACGUCACUGACAGGUUCUGGCUGCAGAUUGUCGCUUGGUGGGGACAAGGAUCCAGAGCCACCGUGGCUUUCGACAAUAUCUCCAUCAGCCUGGACUGCUACCUCACCAUCAGUGGGGAGGACAAGAUGCUGCAGGACACAGCACCCAAAUCAAGAAACCUGUUUGAGAGAAACCCAAACAAGGAGAUGAAACUCUGGGAAAAUACACCAAAAGAGACCCCCGUCUUUGACCCUACAGUUCACUGGCUGUUCACCACGUGCGGGGCCAGCGGGCCCCACGGCCCCACGCAGGCCCAGUGCAACAACGCCUACCGGAACACCAACCUGAGUGUGGUGGUGGGGAGCGAGGGCCCCCUGAAGGGCAUCCAGACCUGGAAGGUGCCAGCUACCGACACCUACAGCAUCUCGGGCUACGGAGCCGCUGGUGGGAAAGGCGGGAGGAACACCAUGAUGCGGUCCCACGGCGUGUCUGUGCUGGGCAUCUUCAACCUGGAGAAGGACGACACACUGUACAUCCUGGUGGGGCAGCAGGGGGAAGACGCCUGCCCCAGCACAAACCAAUUAAUCCAGAAAGUCUGCAUUGGCGAGAACAACGUGAUCGAAGAAGAAAUCCGUGUGAACAGGAGCGUGCACGAGUGGGCAGGAGGGGGUGGAGGAGGAGGCGGAGCCACCUAUGUAUUUAAGAUGAAGGACGGCGUGCCAGUGCCUCUGAUCAUUGCAGCUGGCGGUGGUGGCAGGGCCUACGGGGCCAAGAUGGACACGUUCCACCCCGAGAGACUGGAGAAUAACUCCUCGGUUCUCGGACUCAACGGCUACUCCGGAGCCGCAGGUGGUGGAGGUGGCUGGAAUGAUAACACUUCCUUGCUCUGGUCUGGAAAAUCUUUGCUGGAGGGGGCCACCGGAGGACAUUCCUGCCCCCAGGCCAUGAAGAAGUGGGGGUGGGAGACAAGAGGGGGUUUCGGAGGGGGUGGAGGGGGGUGCUCCUCAGGUGGAGGAGGCGGAGGAUAUAUAGGCGGCAACGCAGCCUCCAACAAUGACCCUGAGAUGGACGGGGAGGACGGGGUGUCCUUCAUCAGUCCCCUGGGCAUCCUGUAUACCCCGGCUUUAAAAGUGAUGGAAGGCCACGGGGAAGUGAACAUUAAGCAUUACCUGAACUGCAGCCACUGUGAGGUAGAUGAGUGCCACAUGGACCCUGAGAGCCAUAAGAUCAUCUGCUUCUGUGACCACGGGACAGUGCUGGCUGAGGACGGUGUCUCUUGCAUUGCGUCACCCACCCCAGAGCCCCACCUGCCGCUCUCGCUGGUCCUCUCCAUUGUGACCUCGGCACUCGUGGCCGCCCUGGUGCUGGCGUUCUCCGGCAUCAUGAUCGUGUACCGCCGGAAGCACCAGGAGCUGCAAGCAAUGCAGAUGGAACUGCAGAGCCCCGAAUACAAGCUGAGCAAGCUCCGCACCUCAACCAUCAUGACUGACUACAACCCCAACUACUGCUUUGCUGGCAAGACCUCCUCCAUCAGCGACCUGAAGGAGGUGCCUCGGAAAAACAUCACCCUCAUUCGGGGCCUGGGCCAUGGUGCGUUUGGGGAGGUGUAUGAAGGUCAGGUGUCCGGAAUGCCCAGCGACCCGAGCCCCCUGCAAGUGGCUGUAAAGACGCUGCCUGAGGUGUGCUCCGAGCAGGAUGAGCUGGAUUUCCUCAUGGAAGCGCUGAUCAUCAGCAAAUUCAAUCACCAGAACAUUGUGCGUUGUAUCGGAGUGAGCCUUCAGGCCCUGCCCCGGUUUAUCCUGCUGGAGCUCAUGGCAGGAGGAGACCUCAAGUCGUUCCUCCGGGAGACCCGCCCCCGCCCGAACCAGCCCUCCUCCCUGGCCAUGCUGGACCUUCUGCACGUGGCUCGGGACAUUGCCUGUGGCUGCCAGUACUUAGAGGAAAACCACUUCAUCCACCGGGACAUUGCCGCCAGGAACUGCCUCUUAACCUGUCCAGGCCCUGGAAGAGUGGCCAAGAUCGGAGACUUCGGGAUGGCCCGGGACAUCUACAGAGCGAGCUACUACCGGAAGGGGGGCUGUGCGAUGCUGCCGGUGAAGUGGAUGCCGCCCGAGGCCUUCAUGGAAGGGAUAUUCACGUCCAAAACAGACACGUGGUCCUUUGGAGUGCUGCUGUGGGAAAUAUUUUCUCUUGGAUACAUGCCAUACCCUAGCAAAAGCAACCAGGAAGUUCUGGAGUUCGUCACCAGCGGAGGACGGAUGGACCCACCUAAGAACUGCCCUGGGCCUGUAUACAGGAUAAUGACCCAGUGCUGGCAACAUCAGCCUGAAGACAGGCCCAACUUCGCCAUCAUUUUGGAGAGGAUCGAAUACUGCACUCAGGACCCAGAUGUGAUCAACACCGCUCUGCCCAUAGAAUACGGCCCGCUCGUGGAGGAGGAGGAGAAAGUGCCCACGAGGCCCAAAGACCCCGAGGGAAUCGCUCCUCUCCUGGUCUCUCCGCCGCCAGGGAAAGGGGAGGAUGGGCAGAACCCAGCGGCCCCGCCCCCGCUGCCUUCCGCUUCCUCUGGCAAAGCCGCCAAGAAGCCCACGGCGGCUGCAGAGGUGUCUGUCCGAGUCACCAGAGGGCCGGCCGUGGAAGGGGGACACGUUAACAUGGCCUUCUCUCAGUCCAACCUGCCGUCGGAGCUGCACAAAGUCCAGAGAUCCCGAAACAAACCGACCAGUCUAUGGAACCCAACCUACGGCUCGUGGUUUACAGAGAAACCGGAGAAAAAGAGCAACCCUCCUGCAAAGAAGGAGCCGCGCGAGACGGGGAACCUGGGACGCGAGGGGAGCUGCGCGGUGCCCCCGAAUGUGGCGGCAGGCCGAGGUCCGGCUGCCGCCCUGCUCCUGGAACCCUCCUCGCUGACUGCCAACAUGAAGGAGGUGCCCUUGUUCAGGCUGCGUCACUUCCCGUGCGGAAAUGUCAACUACGGCUACCAGCAGCAGGGCCUACCUCUGGAGGCCACCACUGCGCCUGGAACGGGUCAGUAUGCGGACACCGCUGCGAAGAACCAACCUGGGCCCUGA